AGUCAAGACCUCGGACACAGAAAAUCAGAGGGAGACAACGGGACCAUGUCUCUGUCCGCCCUUCCCAGGUCAUGCUUGUUCCCUCCAGCUACUCGCAGUUGCAAGCAGAGAUGCUCUGCAUUCUCGCCAUCUCCUAGUAAGCUUUCGAUAAGAAUGGCUCGUUCCUCAAUCCAAGAGGUCUCUGAAUCUGGUGCUUUUGUCAGAACCCCUUCCGCAUUCCAUAAUUUUAUUUCUGGGGAUCCAGAUUCUCCUUUCCCUGCUGAAUCCGGAAGAUACCAUCUUUAUGUGUCAUUUGCUUGUCCCUGGGCAUGCAGGUGCCUUGCAUACUUGAAGAUUAAAGGACUUAACAAGAUCAUUGGCCAUACGGUAGUCAAAUCGAAGUGGGGAAGAACAAAAGAUGGUGACACACAUAUCGGAUGGGUUUUCCCUGCUUCCAAUGCUGAUGAACCUGGAGCAGAGCCUGACCCUAUAAUUGGAGCAGGAAGUGUGAGAGAACUUUAUGAGACUGCAAGUCCGAUCUACUCUGGAAAGUAUUCAGUUCCUGUUCUAUGGGAUAAGGAGCUGAAGACAAUUGUCAACAAUGAGAGCUCAGAGAUCAUUCGGAUGCUUAAUUCUGAGUUCAAUGGUUUAGCUGAGAAUCCCAAUCUUGACCUUUAUCCUCCUCACUUGCAAGCCCAGAUAGAGGAAGCUAAUGGAUGGAUAUACGACUGCAUAAACAAUGGUGUUUAUAAGUGUGGGUUUGCUAAGCAGCAGGCACCUUACGAAGAGGCUGUGGAGAAUUUAUACAAAGCUCUGGACAAAUGUGAACAAAUACUUAGCAAUCAGCGCUUUAUUUGUGGCAAUUUAUUAACCGAGACGGAUAUCCGGUUGUUCGUCACACUCAUAAGAUUUGAUGAGGUCUAUGCAGUUCUUUUCAAGUGUAACAGGAAACUUAUACGGGAGUAUCCAAAUUUGUUCAACUACACAAAGGACAUCUUUCAAAUCCCAGGCAUGAGUAGCACCAUCAACAUGGAUCACAUCAAGCUCAACUAUUACGGAAGCCACCCUUCGAUGGAUCCACUGGGUAUUAUCCCUAUUGGCCCCAAUAUUGAUUAUUUUUCUUCUCAUGACAGAGGAAGGUUCACACUAUCAAAACAAUAACAUCUAAGGAAAUUCAAGGUUUCGAGGUUCUGUUCCCAUGUGUUUUGAAGAAACAAACAAGAGAUAACCGUAUUCUCACAGUUGCCUUAAUAUAGUCAGCACCAGUUAUCCUUGAUCUCCUAUUUAUCUGUCACUGGAUUUCGCUCAGAAAGUUUUUAUGUUGCUUCUUCGCGGGUUUCUGUGAUCUCCCUAAGAUCUAGACAAAUGCCUGUUCUUCCCUCAUGUACUCAUUUGGGACAUGCAUUUAUAAGGUGUUACUAGAUCUACGUGGUAUAGAGAACCCCUCUUGAUUGUCUUUUA